UCCCAGAAAGACAAGCGCGCGCUCCAGAAAAUUUAAUAUUUACCGGAAACCACAAUCUUCAUACUACUUUUAGUUUCUUGGCAUACAUGGAUAUGAUGAAGGGAAAGUCGAGAAAGAAUUUGAUUAAGAAGUCGUGGACGCAAUGCAGUAGUUUUUUUAAACAAACCAGCAAAGCGUGUGCAGCACUCAGUUCAAUGACGAAGAGAAGAUUAUGGAAUUGCGAUACUAUCACUGGUAGUACUACUAGCGAGCGGAAGAAGAACAAGGCCGGUCGAGUAGCUCCGGCCGGGAGCUUCUCAGUCUACGUUGGUCCCGAAAAACAACGGUUUGUUGUGAAGACGGAGUUUGCUAACCAUCCGUUGUUCAAGGCGCUGUUAGAGGAUGCAGCAAUGGUGUAUGGGUACAGAAAUGAUGGUCCACUUUUGCUUCCUUGUGAUGUGGAUUUGUUCUACGAUGUUUUGACAGUAAUAGAGGGCGAUAUCAUUGAAGAUAUGAUCAGUCCCAAUAGUUGCUGUUUGAUGCGAGCUCUCUUCGGUUCAGCUCGUCCUCUUCAUUCAGAUUUCAGAAUAAACAAGGGCUGCAGUGGUGGUGCUUAUAGGCUCCUUAAUUAGCCCUUCACCAGUGCUUAACCAUGUACAUAUCAUUACUUUGUUUAUUCAUUCGUUCAAAUUCACUGGUUGAUAAUUGAUACUGAGUGGUAGCUGGGAGAACCGGAGAAAUCAUUUGUUUAUACAUGCU